AAAAUGUUCCUGUUCUUCAUCGUAGCCACGCUGCAAGUGCAGCUGAUGAGCAGCAGUAUCUUAUCUGGACCUGCUGCUGACAAAGAAUUGAUGAUGACCUUUGUGGUUAACCGCCAUGGAGAAAGAACUCCAGACGCUGAUGAGCUGUCCUUGUCAGAUCAGAAGGAGAGGCUGUUGAAUUUAACUCGGAUUGAAGGUCUGGAGGGACUGACAAAUAUUGGAAAAAGAAGAGCGUACCAAAUCGGAAAAUUCAUUCGACAGAGAUAUGGUUCUCAAGGUCUUGGGUUACUAUCAGAUCUGUAUCUUCAGGAUGAGAUAGCUUUGAGGAGCACGGAUAAGGAAAGGACGAAGAUGACUGCCCAGGUUGCGAUGUCUGCGUUGUACCCGCCUGUGGCUGAACAGCAGUGGGAUGAGGGCCUGGGCAAAAUAUGGCAACCGGUCCCUUACACUACAGUGCCGUUGUCUGAAGACUAUCUACGCUAUUACUCCAACUGCGAGCGAUUCAAAGAUCUCAUGAAGCAAGCGAAGGCAGAAGCUGUCCAGCAGGAAUUCCAGCAGUUCAAUGACCUAGCUAUACUGUUGAAGGCACGAACUGGAGUGGACUUUACUGAAAAUCCAGUUAUGUAUGAAACUCUCUUCGACUUGUUCAAAAGUCAGGUAAGCCUCGGUCUAGACAUCCCUGAAUGGGCAAAACCUUUACUACCAAAGUUGGGAGAGGCAGCCAGAUUGGCUUACCGGCUGUUCUUCAGGUAUGAGGAAAUGAAGAAAAUUGGCGGUGGAGUGAUCCUUAAUGAUUUUGUACAAGCUGCGACAGAUAUUUCACAAGGAAAGCCAGUAAAAAAACGGUUCCGUGUGUACUCUGCUCAUGACUUCAAUAUCGGAUCUUUGAUGGAAGCAACCAGGGUCAUCAGACAUGAACAGAGCAACCCUGAAUAUGGUUCUCUUUUUGGUCUUGAACUGUACCGGUCUAAGACAAGUGGAGAAUUCACUGUUAUGGCAAUCUACCUACCAAGGGCUGGUGAAUCAACAUUACAAAUGUUACACUUUACGGGCUGUGAAACCUCUAGUCACUGCGACUUAGAAAAGUUCAAAGAAAUUACAAGAAACUACCUUCUCCCUGAAAAGGAUUACCACAGAAUUUGUAACACGAUGCCGUCCUCUUUUAAAAACUGACUUGAUUUUUAGUCCAUCAGCUCAGUAGCUGUGAUCACUGUUUAAAAUGUUGUUUUAUAAUAAAUAAAAUUGGGAAAACGUA